GUGGGGACCGCAGGCCAGCAUGCAGCUCCUGCAACUGUGGAUUGAAUUAAAACCUAAGGAAAUUACUUAUUCCUAAGUGUAAUUUUUAUGUUUCUUUAUUUGCAGGAAUGAGAUCUAUCAAGCAUCCGUUCUAUAACCCCUCUUCACUCAGGAUUGUACUGCUUGGGAAAAGUGACAACAAAAUAACAACAAUUUCUAAGCUCAUUACCACGGAAAAGGUUUCUACUUGCUUCAAAACCCAUAUCCGCGGGCCAACCAAACCCUGUGAGUGGAAGGAAAGAGCAGUAACAGUCGCUAAAGCAAACAUUUUCACUAUGUCUGAACAGGAUGUCAGAAAAGAGAUGAAAGCAUGUGCAGGUUUGUGCUUCCCUGGACCAAAUGUUCUGCUGCUGCUGCUGAAUCCUUCUGAGUUUACUCAAGAGGACAGACAAAGACUGGACUUCACUCUGAGAUUGUUUGAUCAGGAUGGUUUUAAACGGUUAAUGAUCAUCUUCACACAUGUAGAACAUCAGCCAAGUUCUGAGGUAAAUCAGCUGCUUCACGACUGCAGAGGAAGAAGGUACAACAUGGUCGAUAACAAUCGUACACAGUUAAUGGAGAAGAUUGAGAACAUUGUUGAUGAAAAUGAAGGGACCUUUCUCACCUUCACUGAGCACGUGAAACCCUCUUUAAACCUGGUUCUGUUUGGGAGACAAGGAGCAGGGAAAACCUCGGCAGCCAAGGCCAUUUUAGGUGAAAGAGAACAUCAUUCAGUCUCCGACUCACCAGUGUGUGUCCAGAAUCAAGGAGAGGUGUGUGGACGUUGGGUUUCCCUGGUGGAGCUGCCUGCCUUGGGUGGAAAACCUCCAGAGAAAGUGAUGGAGGAAUCAUUCAAGUGUGUCUCCCUCUGUGGACCUGAGGGCGUCCACGCCUUCGUCCUGGUCCUACCUGUGGGUCGUGUCACCAAUGAGGACAAGAGGGAGCUGCAGACCAUCAAGAACACCUUCAGCUCUCGAGUCAAUGACUUCACCAUGAUUCUGUUCACCGUGGAGUCAGAUCCCACCCAUCCAGACGUUGUUAACUUUGUGGAAAAUAGCAAAGACAUCCAGGAGCUCCGUCAGAGCUGUGGGGGGGGGGCCAUGGUCCUCAACAUCAAGGACAAUCAGCAGGUCCCACAGCUGCUAGAUGAUGUUGGUCGUAUCAGAUAUGAAGAGCCCAGAUGUUUCACCAAGGACAUGUUCACCAAGGUUCUCAUGAAGAGGGUAGUAGAGCAAUAUAAUAAGCCUAAAAUUGAAGCCAUAAAACAGAGCACGGAGGCUCUCAGGAUAGUCCUGAUAGGGAAGACUGGCAGUGGGAAAAGUUCUGCUGGAAACACCAUUUUGGGUGAAGAACUUUUUAAAUCUUCAUGCAGCUCAAAGUCAGUGACCAGGUUUUGCAAGAAAAAAACAAAAAACGUUGACGGUCGGCCAGUCGUUGUCGUUGACACCCCCGGGUUGUUCGACACGUCUGUGUCCAAUGACGUCGUUCAGCAGGAGCUUGUGAACUGCAUCAGCUUGGUGUCUCCUGGACCUCAUGUGAUCUUACUGGUUCUGCAGAUCGGUCGAUUUACAAAAGAGGAAAAAGACAGCGUGGAUCUCAUCAAGAAGUGCUUUGGCAAGAAAUCAGCAGACUUCAUCACGGUCUUAUUCACCAGAGGAGACGAUCUCACCCAGUCCAUUGAGGAGUACAUAGACAGUGACCCUCUCUUACAACAGCUGAUACAUGAAUGUGGCGGGGGAUACCACUUGUUCAACAACAAGGAAAAGAAAGAUCGAACACAAGUCCGAGAGUUGAUGACAAAAAGCAGCAGAAUGCUGGAGAGAAACGGAGGCGGAUGCUACACAACUGAGAUGUUCCAGGAGGCGGAAGAAGCGAUCCAGAAGGAGCUGGAGAAGAUCCUCAAAGAUAAGGAAGAAGAGAUGAAGAUAAAGCAGCAAGAGCUGAAGAGAGAUCAUGAUGAAGAAAUGGAAACCUUGAGAGGAAGAAUGAAAGAAGAGAUGGAAAAAAUAGAACAAGAGAGAAAAAAACGAGAUAAGCAACUGAAAGAAAUGGAGGAUAAAAUCAAAAAGGAGAAGGUCGUGAGAAGAAAAGAGCAAGAAAUGAGAAAAAAGAAAGAUGAGAUGAAGAAAAGGCAAGAGGAAAUUCAAAAACAGGAGUGGGAUAAGAAACUUGAAGGACAGAAGGAACAGAAAAAAGAAGAGAUGAGAAAACAACAAGAAAAAUGGAAGAAAGAACGAGCGGAGUUGUGGGAGGGACGGCAUCGAGAAGAGGAACAGAGACGACAGGAGGAGCGAGAAAGAGCAAAAAAACUGCAGGAAGAGUACGAAGAAAAAAGAAAAGAAUAUGAAAAACAAAGAAAAGAAGAAGAUCGCCAGAGACAAGAACAAGAGGAGAGGGAGAGAAAACAAUUAGAGGAUAACUACAAAAAUCAGCUAGAGAGCAUGAAAAAGAAAUAUGAAGAGGACGCCAGGAAACAGGCAGAAGAGUUUAAUGAUUUCAGACAGAAAUAUACAGAGGACUUUGAAGCUCUGGUGGAAAAACACAUGGAAGAAAUGCAGGAAAUGAAGCACGAGCUUGAAAUAAAACUGCAAGAGACAGAAGAGAAACAUGAGAAGGAAAAAGAAUUGUCAGAUAAUCUUUCAAGGCACAAAGAGAAAAAUCUCCAGGAAGAGAUGGAGAAACUCAAAAAGAAACAAGAAAAAGAGAUAAAUGAACUGGAAAAGAAGUACAAAGAAAAAUGUAAUAUCCUGUGAUCCUCCCAUUGUCUCUAUUCUUAAUACAUCAGAUGGACAACGAUCUGAAAAAUCAUAUAAAAUGCAAAUCUCUCAAAACAUUUAAUGAGGUGAAAUGUC